AUGGACUAGGUACACACUCUGCGAGAGAGUGAGUGCGAGUGCGAGUGAGUGAGUGAGAGAGGAAAGAGGAGAGCGAGACUAAUAGCUAUAGGAGCACUAGGGAUCAGUUCAGUCGUCGCGCGUCACUCGAACGAGAACAUCUCCGCACAGCAUCUCUGCGCUCUCUCUCUGGCACUCUGCAUAUACUUGUAUAAUCGAGAAAUAAUACAAAAGGAUUCGCGAGUAAAGAGCAUAAGUGGUGCGACGACAAUCAACGACGUGAACUUACACAGAAUCUUCGAAAUUCUUCUUUCUCGUGAUAUCCAAUCGACGAGAGCUUCCAAGAGCUUUUUUCCCUGAAAUAAUUUAAUUAAGCGUUAAAAACGAAAGAGCGAACGAAAGUUAAAAUUAAAAACAAAAACCAUGAACGGUAAUACACGUGGAUCCGAGGAAGUUGCCACCGAGCAAUUAUCCAACAAACAGCAGCAACAGCAGCAACAGCCGGAGAAGCAACAAGAGAAGAAGCAACAAGCGGCUGGUGGCAACAGACCCUGCCCACUGAGAAAGAUCUCGUGGAGCGCGGAGGGCAACGACGACGAUUUAGCGAAAACACCCAGAACCUCCACGACUCCAGGUCACGAGAAGUGCACCUUCCAUCACGACAUGGAGCUGGACCAUAGGCCACCGACCCGCGAGGCGCUGCUGCCCCAGAUGUCGCACAGUUACAAGCUGCUGCUCAAGGCCCUGGGCGAGAACGUGGAGCGCGAGGGCCUGCUCAAGACGCCGGAGCGCGCCGCCAAGGCCAUGCUGUUCUUCACCAAGGGCUACGAUCAGAGUCUCGACGACGUAAUCAACGACGCGAUCUUCGACGAGGACCACGACGAGAUGGUCGUGGUCAAGGACAUCGAGAUGUUCUCCAUGUGCGAGCACCAUCUCGUGCCGUUCUACGGCAAGGUGUCCAUCGGCUAUCUGCCUUGCAAGAAGAUCCUCGGCCUCAGCAAGCUGGCCCGCAUCGUCGAGAUAUUCUCGAGGCGAAUGCAGGUCCAGGAGCGCCUGACCAAGCAGAUCGCCGAGGCCGUGGUCGAGGCCAUCCAGCCGGCCGGCGUGGCCGUCGUCGUCGAGGGAGUGCACAUGUGCAUGGUGAUGCGCGGAGUACAGAAGAUCAACAGCAAGACGAUCACGUCGACGAUGCUGGGCGUCUUCCGCGACGACUCCAAGACCCGCGAGGAGUUCCUCAAUCUCGUUCGCGCCAAGUAAGCGACGAGCGACAAAAACAAACAAACGAUCAUCCAAAGGCCUCAACAACGACAACGGCUCGGGUGCAGCAGCGGCACACAUACACACACGGCAACAACACGGAAAUGCACACGCGAUAAUCGCAGUAGACGAUAAAUAGGAUUAAUAAUAGCGGAGAAGACGCGGGGGUAGCAAUGAGCAACAAGAAUCAACGCAACAAAGCAAACACACACAUAAGCGAAACGAUUAUUGUUGUUCAUAUCGCAUGGAAAAGAAAGGAGAGAUGUGCUCGAAAUAUUACUUAUAUGAUAAUUAUAAUGAUAAAGUUGGUGGUGAGAAUCUGUGGGAACAAAGAACGAAGAUGCCUUAUACAAACAAACAAAAAAGCUACACGACAAAAUAUUUAACAUAUAUCACUUUUAUUAUUAAACACGUGCUUAUAUGAUCGCGGGCUAUAUGAAAAAACAAAACCGAUUGACGAUUUAACUCUUAAGUGAAACAUUUUUUAACGUAUCACGACACAACUGCCACAACUUUUACGUAUGGGGUGGAGCAUUUUUGCUUGCAUUUUUCCUUUGCAAUUUUAUGUGUUCUUUGACCGCGAGUAUUCGGAGAGUGAAUAUUUUCUUCGACCCCACCAGACGAUGCGUCGUUUUCUUUGUUUUAUUUUUAUUUUGAAAAGACGUAAUUGUUUUUCUUUUAUCUAUGUUGUACCGCUUCGAAUUAGAAAAAAAGUUUUGUGUUUUUCGACGCAAAUGGGACUAGUUUGCAAUAAUUGUUGACGAAAGAAAGAUAAAAAAAAAAUUGUUUUACGAAUAAAGCUCGUUUAGGGUACUAAUUUUUACGUUAUAACAUUUUAUCGAUAAAAAGCGCGCGACGGAUUUGACGAAAUGGCUAUAGAAGCUUAUAGCGAACGAAAGUUGAAGGGGAGGAAUGACGAAAAUAAAAUGAAAAAUAUGAAUGAUUAGGCUGUAAAAAAUAUAAAAAAGUUAUUGAUACAUUGCAUAUA